GCAGCAGAGGCAGGAGGGCUCCCCUGGGACAGUGCCACCCCCCAUGAGCCCUGGCAGCAGCUUCCCCUGCCCAGGUGGGGAAACUGAGGCAGGGGCAGUGGUUGCCAUCACCAGGCAGCGCCGGUGGUGCCGUGGGGGGCUCUGGCUGCCGAGCCAUGCUCCUUCCAGGCUGUGAACAGCCCUUCCUGGGGCUCUGCUGGGGUUGUUCUGUCCCAGGAGUGACCUGGUUGUGGCCCUAGAGCUGUCCCCCUUUGCCCUGUGGCAGUUAUGAGCUGGGUGCUGAGAUGCUUCUGCCAGCUGGAGCAGUGCAGGCAGGGGUGAGGGCUGGCUCCUGCUGAUGACACCUCUGGGUCCCCAGGGCCAGGGGCUGCCUGCUGGGGCUGGGGAAGAGGGCAAGGGCUGGAGAGAGGCUGUCAAGAGCCUGGUGAAGGAGCACUGCAGGCAGCCUGCCAGGCUCUGCGCUGGCCUGGGCACCCUCCCAAGGCGGCUGCUGCACAGACUGCAUGUGGCAGCGGGAGCACAGGGCUGCCAAGCUGCUCUGCCCAGACUGGGCAAGCUGAGACCCCCCUCCUCCCUACCAUCUGCAUGUCCCUGGGGACUGCCCUGGCGGGUUGCUGGGGCUGGGGUGCACUGGAGCCCCAGCUUUUGGCAAGGACAGCUCAGCUGAGUGCUGGGACAGGCUGCUCCUCCUGUCUGUCCCUGCCUCCUCUCCCAGCCUGUCCCAAGUCUCCAGAGAGCCAGAGUUUUGUUCUGAAUUCAAAGACCCAAAAUUUUUAUGGCUAAACCCCCUAGGUCCUAAGGAUCCCUGCCUGCUGCAACUCACCAUUGCCUGGGUGCAUCAUGACCCAUUUAUAUCUUUCCUGCCUUGGGGUCACUCCUUGCAUUCCAUUCCCACUGCCCCCCCAGCACAGCUGCCCUCCCUGGCCAGGGUGCACCCCACUGCCAGCCUGUGCCUUGCACCCAAAGACUGUGCCCUGCAGCCAGAGGCUCUCCCACUGCUCUUUAUUCUCAGGGGUGCCAGCUUCUCUCCCGGGGCUGGCAGCAUCGCCAGCUCGUCAGGAAGAAGUGGCCUUUUCCCUCUCUGAGCUGCUGUGUGCCACUGGGCUGUGCUAGCUGGCCCCAUCCCAGUCAGAGCAGCAUCCAGCAUCUUGUCCUGGUUGGAAAAGGGGGGCUGAAGAAGGGGGGGUUGGUGGGGAAGAGCAGCCGAAGGUCUCCUGGGGAUGCACAGCUGCCAGCUCACCACCUGUGAUGCUGGCAGUGGUGCUAGGCAGCAGGACCAUGGGUGACCUGUCCCAGCCUGGUGAACCGCCUCACCAUAAACCCUGCUGCCGGGGCUGGGAAGCAGAUAACGGCAGGGCUGAAGUCCAACGGGGCAGGUCCCCGGGAGCAGAUUCCAGCCCUGGGCUCACGGCGUGGCGUCCCUUGACGGCCCCGUGCCUCUCCCGGCUCCAUUUUACUGUUGCUGCAGCCCGGAGGCUGAGAUGGCCAGGCCAGUGGUGCUCACCCUCCUGCUGCUGCUGGCUGGGACCAUCCUCCCCAGCGGGUCCAUGGUUGUCAACAGCUGCAGGAGUGCAGCCGAGCAGCUCUGCAACUUCAUCUGUGACUGCAGCAACUGCUCUGAUGAGAAUCAGUGUGGGUACCUGCGGGGCUCGGCGGUGCUGGGCACCCCAUUCACCUGUGAUUUUGAGGAAGGCGACUGUGGCUGGCAGGACGUGAGCACCUCGGCUUACAGAUGGGUGCGGGGCCGGGCCAGCCUGGCCACGUGGGGCACAGGGCCCCACUCAGACCACACCGUGGGCACCGACUUGGGGUGGUUCAUGGUGACCGUGUCCCCCCCGGCAAAGACCAUGGCCACAGCCUGGCUCAGGUCACCAGUGAUGCGGGAAGCAGCUGCCACGUGCGAGAUCAGGGCCUGGUACCACCUCUCAGGAAGCGGUGAGGGUGCCCAUGGUGGGCACGGAUGGGCCUCAGGGUACCAGACACGGGGAAGUGAUGAUGGGGGGGCAGUGGGGAGGGCUGGGGUCAUCUGCCCCCAUGGCAGGGACAGAGCCACCGGCACCUCAACGUGGGUCCUUGCCAUCCUGCUCGCCUCUUCCAUGCUCUGCAAGCAGAGCUGGCGGGACCCAGGGGUCCCGGCUCUGGUCCCCAGAGCUGGUGGGGUGCAGUUCGUCCCCAUGCCCAGUGCCAAGGGCCAUGUUUUGGGGCUCCCUGCAGGGCUCAACCAGACGGAGCGGCCGCUGCUGCGCUUGGCCAUGGCAUACAAGGAUGAGGUGGUGGGGCUGUGGCAGAGCCCCGAGCGUGGAGGCGAGGGCUGGCACCAGCUGGUCGCCUACCCAGGCCGGAUUGCAGAGCGGUUCCAGCUCAUCUUCUCCCUGACACAACCGCCCACGUGCGGGGCAGAGCUGGCGCUCGAUGACAUCGUCUUCAGGAACUGCGGCUUGCAGGAGCCCGGGCAGCAGGUCUGUGGGGCGGAGGAGAGCCGCUGCAGCCGGGGCUUCUGCCUGGCACAACACCGCUUCUGUGAUGGCACCGAUGACUGUGGAGACGGAUCGGACGAGGAUGCAACGUGGUGCAAGUCCUUCACUCUCUGCUCCUUUGAGCAAAAUCUCUGCAGCUGGGAGGUGGCGGCUGGGCAGCCGGCGUGGGAGAGAAACACGAGCCUGAACCUGGGGACCGCAUACGGUAUCCCCACCCGGGACCACAGCAAUAACAGCAGGGCAGGUUUUUUCCUCCAUGUGGGCAGCACCUCAGCCAUGGGGGCCAGCAGCCCGGCCCGGCUCAGCAGUCCCACUUUCCAGGCCACCAACUCCUGCUCCCUCGUGCUGUACUGCCACCUCCACGGCUCGGCCACCAGCAGCCUCAGCAUCUCCUACGUGACCAACUCCACCAAGCACCUGGUGAGGGAGAGGACGGGGGACCUGGGCAGCUGCUGGGUCCGGGAGAGAGUGGACUUCAACACAACAGAGAGCUUCAAGGUGCUGAUCGAGGGGGUGACUGGCAGCAUGGGGACUGUGGCCAUCGAUGACCUGAUCCUGUCUCCGGGCUGUGUGCAGGAGCAGGAGAAGCCUUUGACCACACUGCUGAACCAGGUGGGUGCCGGACCCUGCGCAGCUGAGGAGGUGGCCUGCGACAGCGGGGGCUGCAUCGCCACAGAGCUGGCCUGCGACUUCGCCGAGACGUGUGCCGAUGGCUCCGAUGAGAAGCGCUGCGGAGCAACCACCUUCGAGGCGGGGGCUGGGGGCUGGCACGAUGUCAGUGUGGGGCAGCUGCGCUGGGGUGUGCAGAGGGCCACUGAGCCUGCCGACACCGUCCUCAUAGGGGCUUUCCUGGCCCUCCAGGCAGGAGAAGGACAAAUGGUGGCUGCUGCGAGGGCGCGCACGCCGCUGCUGGGCCCCUCCGGCCCCGCCUGUGCCAUGGAGAUGAGCUACCGCAUCCACAGCAGCCCCCAAGGCUUCCUCACCAUCAGCGUAGUGGAUCACACCACUGGCAUCACCCACCUGGCCUGGCACAUGCAGGGGCACGGCGGCACAGCCGGGGGACGUGUCCAUGUCCCACUGGGAGAAAGGACCCGACCCUUCCAGGUCGAGCUGCUGGGGCUGGUGGAUCUGCAAGACUCGGCGAGCGCCGCGAUCGAUAACGUGACAUUUGUGCAGUGCCACCUUGACAUGGUGCCGCCGGGGGCCACGGGUAUGGCCAGCGGCGCGUGGGCAGGGAGGACGGCCAUGGGCAGGAGGGCACCCUGGCCCCCCUGCCCGCAGAGAUGGGUAAUGCUCCCAUGGGGGCUGCCUGGUGACUGUCACCCUGUCCCCAGCCCAGGGACAGGACCAUGGUGCAGAAGCCCUAGGGUCAGGGCUGAGCACGCAUCCAGUCCCAGGACAUCUGCAUGGGGUGAACCUGGGGAGUGGGGCAGGGGAGCAGAGGAAAAGGGACAUUUGGGGGACCCAUUUGCUUUUGGGGUACCUUAUCCCCACUCCCUCACCACUGUCACCUCUCUCCGGCCAGCGCUGUCCUGCAACUUCGAGAGGGGCAUGUGCGGCUGGUACCAGGAUCAAUCCAGUGACUUCAAAUGGGUCCGUGGCACAGGGCAGGGGCAGGGCUCCGACCACACUACCGGCUUGGGCUACUUCAUGGCCGUGGACCCCACCGCGCCGUGGAGCCGUGGGCAGAGGGCACAGCUUGUCACCUAUCGCCAGGAGCCCAUUGCCGCCCCGCACUGCCUCUCCUUCUGGUACCGCCUGGCCGGCCCACAGAUUGGCACCCUAAACCUCAAGCUGCAGCUGGAAGGAGUGGAGGAGACGGUGCUAUGGACCCGACGGGGGACCCAGGGCAGUGUUUGGCACCGGGGAUGGGCAACGCUGCCUGCCACGGGCCGGCGGCAGUACCGGGUAGCCUUCGAGGCUCUGCGGGAUGGGUUCCUGGGGGACAUGGCGCUGGACGACCUGGCGCUGACAGCGGGGCCCUGUGGGGCUGAGCUCUCCUGCUCCUUCGAGGCGGGUGCCUGCGGGCUGGCAGCCAGUGGGCAGCGCACCUGGCUGCGGCAGAGCAAUGGCACUGGCACCACUGCCGGCCCUCCGGCUGACCACACCACCGGCACUGCCACAGGCCAUUAUAUGGUGGUGAGCACGGGCAGGGACUCCCUGCCUGCAGGGCACGCAGCUGCCCUCACCUCCCAGCCCUACCGGCCCUCUGCACCUGCCCAGUGCCUGGCCUUCUGGUACCAGCUGAGCGGCAGGACCCCAGGCUUCCUCGGGGUCUUUGUGGAGCAGAGUGGGGUGCGGAGGAAGGUGAUGGGCAUAAGCACCAUGGAGGGGGAUGCCUGGCACCGCGGCCACGUCACUGUCCGGCCGGAUGGGGACUGGCAGGCAAUAUUCGAGGCGGUGGGAGCUGGGGGCAACCACGGGUACAUCGCGCUGGAUGACCUGCAUGUGUCGGACGGAGCCUGCCCCGAGCCAGCGUCCUGUGACUUCGAGCGGGACAUGUGCGGCUGGAGCAGCCCCCUAGACCCCCACCUGCACAGCUUUGCCUGGGGCUGGAAGAGCGGGGUGCCCCUUGCCAAGUACCCCAGCCCUGAGCAGGAUCACACCCUGGGCACAAGGAACGGUCACUACGUGCACUUUGACACCAGUGUGCUGGGCCCAGGGGGCACCACUGCCCGGCUGGAGAGCCAGCAUCUGCCUGCUGCUGCCGACUCCUGCCUGCAGUUCUGGUACCACAUGGACAUCCCGGAGCACCUCUCCUGUGGGGAGCUGCGGGUGAUGCUGCACAGCGUGGCGGGGCAACGCACAGUGUGGACCAUGGUGGGGCACCGGAGCCAGGGCUGGCGGGGCGGUGUGGUGCCUGUGCGGAGCCCCAGCGAGUUCCAGAUCAUCUUUGAGGUCACCACACGGAGGUGGCCAAUAGAGGGGACAGUGGCGCUGGACGACAUCGUGUACAGCACUGGGAGGGGCUGCCAUUCCAGCCAGGAGGUGCCAAUGGAAGAGAAAUCCUCUGGCAGCUUUGUGGCAGAGGUGGUGCUUGGUCUUCUCCUGGCUGUCAUCACCCUGGCACUGGUGGCUGCCGGAGGCUGGUACUGGCUGAAGCGGCGAGGGCUGGUGAGCGCAACGCCAGCGGAGAGCAACACUCCGCAGGGCUUCGACAACAUCACUUUUCGAGAUGACAAGGUCAUUAUAUCUCCAGUGCCAAAAGAAGGGGAUGAGAAUUGAAAUAAUAAGCCAACAGCAGUAAUUGCCUCCUCACGCCUGCGAGGCAUAUGCGGGGCAGAGCAUCCCUCCAGCAAGACCUCACACUCCAGCAGCCGCCUCCGGCCCUCAGCAUAUGACAUCAGGGAGCUGCCACGGGCGCUCACCCCGGGGCGCUGGCCCCACAGAGGGACGUGCUGCUGCCUCCAGUACCUCCAAGCGCUCAGGAAAAGCAAUUUUGUCUUUUGUAACAUGAACUUUCUGCACCAAGAUGUAGUGACA